GAUGGGCAGAGCAGGGCCCUUCUCUCUCCCUGCCCAGCGCUGGCUGUGUGCCGCCUCACCCUGAGUUGUCCACAGCUCAGGCUCCAGCCAGCCGGGGAAUUCUGAUAUAAGGAGCUCAAGUGUCCUGGGGCACCGGGGGCAUUCUGCAUGCCUCCUGGGAGCUUUGCUGGUGCAGUCUCAACAAAACCACUGACCAGAGUCCUUUCAAAAUGUGCAUUUUCUGAACAAACUUUAGAACCAAGUUCAUAUGAAAAGAUCAAAUUGAAGACAACAAACCGUCCCUGUUCCCCAGCUCCUGCUCACAGCUGCACACAGGGGAAGCUAUGGCUUCAGUGCCUUCCAUUGGUUGCCUUCUGGCCAAAAACCAGUAUUAUCGGAAGUCCAGUAUUUCUUCAGAUAGCUCUUUAACUGGCUCUGAUUCUGUUAACUUCAUGGAUGAUGACAAAUUCCAACAAGGAUUCCCUGAAGUGGCAGAAUCCACCUGGUGGUUUAAGUCUUUUUUCCAUCCUGGACCUGUGCUCUCAAAUGUGAGAAGCAAAGAUCCAUCUACUGGUGGGUGAAUCAACCUUUUCUGAGGAGGACAUUUCUACUCAGUGAAUGCACACACUCAUAGUUGACGCUGGCAAUCAAGAUGUUCUCCCUGCUGAAGUGCCACGGGGUAAGCCCUCGAUCUCCAGUACUGCGGCCAAUGCAGAGGACUUCUUCCUAUGGUAAGAAGAGAUCUCACUCAUGAAACAAGAUCGUAACGUCAGCGAUACAGCAAAUGUUCAGGCGUUUCACUCCAUACUAACAAUGCAAGUGGCAUCAGCUUUGUGGAGAAUAUUUGAAAAGUGCCUUUAGCAACUCAUGCCCUUUUAAAAUAAUUAGAAUCUUCAAAUGCAGUGAUUUAUCUGAAAUAACCCUUUCAUUAUCCAUGUUUUUGUUAUCAAGAAAUUUAAGUUAGAAUCUUUGUAUGUCUGUUGGGUGAUUUAGGAUCCUUACAAUUGAAGCAGCUGUGCUUCACAUAACAGCAAUGGUUUGAUGUGUGUAGAAAAAUGUCACAAAACUUGUUUUUAAUCAUAAAAGUUGGAAAAAGCAGACAUAUCCUUCAACAUAUUAUUUCUUAUACUCUGUAUCAUACUUGUAACCAAUUGAUUAUUAUGCAGAAUUUAAAGUUCAUGAUGCUAAGUAAUAGUUAACAUUUUGAAAAAUUGUUUAUUCCAUAGUAAAUGUAAAAAGCAGGAUAAUUUACCACAUGGUGUUAUUUUAGUUGUAUUAGAGAGCCUAAUUAAUAAAUAAGCAUAAGAAUAGACUGGAAGGACCUAAGCCAAACGGUAACAGUGGCUAUGUCUGGACACAGGAUUGCGAGUGUUUCUCAUUUCUUUCUUACUUACUUUUCUGUAUCUUUACAUUUUCUAAUAUGACAAGUUUUGUGUAUAACCAGAAAAUAAAAAUGUAAAUAUAAAAAGGAACACUGGAAAA